AUGGCCCAGGACUUCAGGCUAGGUCUCUGGAGCUUUAUGGAAGACAUUCGACAGGCAACUGUUGGUGACGAGCCAAUUCACGGCGUGCCCGGACGCCCGGGCUCAACAGAUCCUCAUGGCAGGAGGGAGAGAUCUUGCGCCGGAGACCAGGACACGAUCAAAGCCAACAGCUUUUCUCGCCCUAGAGUUCCGUUGAACUCGGCCUUCGACCUACCGCCGAUGGACACGCCGAGCAAGCCAUCAAAGCCUCUCCAGGAACGACCGAACCCAAAGCCCGCGACCAAGUCUACGACAACGAAGGCUAAGCACUUUUCGUGGACGCCGUUGACUUUCGACUCCUUCGACGACAACGACUGGUCAAACUGGGAAUCACCUCAGGUGUCGUCAGCCAAGUCAGCGCGCUGGAGCGGUUCGACGAUGGGUGGAGCGGACGAAAUCGUGUCGAUGUCUGAGAACAACGAAAACAUGACCCCGCUCAGGAAGAAGUCGUCCAUCACCGUAGACACCUCGGCCAGAUCCGAAUCUCGUCCCGAGUCGGCUCUAUUGUCGCCUAGUCGGUUGGAGGAGCUUCUUCCCACUGUGGUCAACAAGCUUUCUCCUGGCAACCUCAAGCGGACUGCCAACAACCUCAUGGACGAGUGGGAGAGGAGCCUCAAGGAGACCGACGAAGAGGAGCAGCUCAUCGACUUCAGAGAGACCACGGCUUGA